CACUGCAGCCCCAGUUCUAAGUCAGAAGUAGAACAGUAAUCGUUUUGAAAAGUGAAUCUAGCAAGCAGUAGCAAGCAGCAUCUCUCUCCAUAAUCCAUAAUGAUUAAUCAGCGUUCGGGUUUAUAUUUCUUGCUGCUUAUCGGACUGCUGGCGGGCAAUGGAGUUUGGUCUCAAGUUCCCUUUCCCGGACAGUGUCCGCAGGUCAAAAUAAUGGAUGAAUUCGAUGUGGAAGCGUACUUGGGCAUCUGGUACGAGCAUAGCAAGUAUCCAUUUGCAUUUGAAAUCGGCAAGAAGUGCAUCUACGCCAACUAUUCGAUCAUUGACAAUUCCACCCUGUCCGUGGUGAAUGGGGGAAUCAAUCGACUCACUGGCAACCCAUCGAACAUAACUGGAACAGCCAAGGUGCUAGGCCCUGCUCGGCUGGCCGUUGCCUUUUACCCGGGACAGCAAACGACGAAACCAAACUAUCUGGUUCUGGGCACCGACUACGAGUCAUACGCCGUUGUCUAUAGCUGCACUAGCGUGACAUCUCUGGCUAAUAUCAAGAUCGUUUGGAUCUUAACCCGUGAGCGUGAGCCCUCAGCAGAUACCAUUGCGACAGCCAAACAGAUUUUGGAUAAUAAUAAAAUAUCGCAGUCCUUCCUCAUCGACACCAUUCAGAGCAAGUGCCCCAAAUUGGAUGCAAAUGGCACGGACUUCGGCGUUGAAGAUCUGACAGAGGAUGCCAUCGAUGACUUUGUCGGCACUGUGCUGCCAAAUGCCAUCGAGAAGGCAUGAGAAUGGCUGCGACGCUUCUACGUGCGUCUCUACAAUAUUUUUCUGAACUUUAUGAGUUCCUAAAUUUACUGUCUUCGAACCUUGUACAUAGAUACACACACAAAUGUAGAUGGAUAGACACAUGUUAAAUAAUACUGCAAUUGAUUGUUAAUGCAAUAAAAUAAAACAUAGUUUCGGUUACGGG